UGUAAGCACUUUUUCCCCAUCCUACCUAACUAUAUAGUACGUUGAAGAAGGAGUAGACAAACAAAUGAAGUCAAAAUUGAAGAUUGAAGCUCUUCUCCAUUUUGCAUAAGGAACUUUCAUUUCAUUCUACCGAUCAUGGUGCCAAAAUAAUCUGUAUCAUUCAUCAGCGACCAAAGCAAUUCAAGAUUGAUUCAUUCAUCUUGCAGCAAAUACUAGCAAUCUAGGCUAGAUUGUUAUGCAAAUCUGAAAUCUGAAUCUGAACAUUGAUUAUCAUUGGAUAUCAAACAACAAUCUCGAGUCCGAAACAUGCUUGGAAAUUACUCAAAGCAUAAAAGUUCAUCCAAGAAAAAAUAUCCUGCAUUUAUAGAAGAGCUAUGCCGUCAAUUUUCGCUGGAAGAUGUUAGGAGAUCAACCAAUAACUUCGACGAAGAACGAAUAAUUGGAGGAACAGAAUUCAAUAUAGUGUACAAAGGCUAUCUCAACCAUAACGGCGAAACUGACUAUCCAAUAGCAUUGAAGCGGAUGAGAAAUAUUGUCUUCGAUGAAUGGAAGUUCAAGAAAGAAGUUGAACUCAACUGCCAGCUUCGUCAUCCGAAUUUGACAUCCUUUAUAGGUUUCUGUGAUCAAAAGGAUGAGAGAAUUCUCGUGUAUGAAUACAUGUUGAAUGGAUCUGUCUAUGAUCACUUGCGUUUAAGGAAUAAUGAAUCACUCUCAUGGAAGAAAAGACUUGAAAUAUGCAUCGGAGCUGCAAAAGGACUACACUACCUUCAUUCUGGAGCAAAGCGCGCGAUUUUUCACUGUGACAUAAAGCCUCAAAACAUUCUCUUAGACAAGGGUAUGGUAGCAAAGCUCUCCCAUCUUGGAUUUUCCAUCCAAGAGAAGGUCUCUAAAUCAAAAUAUAAACCAAUUAAAGCUAGCACCCUAAUUUAUGGUACAUUUGGUUACACGGCGCCAGAGUGUGUCCGAACCAAUGUUUUCACCGAAAAAUGCGAUGUAUAUUCCUUUGGUAUGGUUCUACUUGAAGUAGCAUGCACAAACUACAAGAGUAGCAUCUUUGAUAAGAUGGUAAAGUUAGAGAACACGAACCGGUUCUUAGAUGAGUCGAUUAAUGCAGGUAGCUUCUUGGAAAGGUUCUCAGCUGAUGAGAUUAUUGAUCCUAUUCUUAUGAGAUCGAUUGCACCUCGCUGUUUGGAAGUGUUUGUGGAUAUCAUGCAGAGAUGCUUGAAGUAUGACCCAAAUGAAAGACCAUCAAUGGGCGAGGUUGAGGUUGAACUUGAGCAUGCUCUGGCAUUGCAUGAGGAAGCAGAUUGUUGUAGAUAGUUUAUUACUUCUUUGUUUCUGGAUGAUAGAUAAACUGAUUACCAUAUCUUUGGAUUGCAAUGGAUCUUGUAAAGCUUGCUCAAAUACCUUAUUUGUUUCCAAGGCUCUUUGUUCAUGAUCCUUGGAACUUUGAAGUUCUUGCGUCUUCGUGAUACUUAAAUCUUUAGAUUCUUUAUUGUCUAAAACUAUGUAAUCAAAUUUUGAUGAUAAAGUGGGCGUAACAUUUUUUUC